GCGAGUCUCUGGCGCUGCUGGGUAGCAGUCUGGACCCCAGCAGCGCGCUCGUGUGGUCGUCGCCUCUGCUGUGCUCUGGGUGGACCAACUUCACGUGUAAAGACAACACCACCAUCACAGCAAUCAAUCUGCUGAAGAUGCCACUCUCUGGCUCCCUGCCUCGCGACAUCUCCAGAUUCAAAAGCCUUGAAUUCCUGGUGAUUCGGAGUUCCAGCAUCUCAGGUCCGUUGCCUGAUGCAAUCACUACUCUGAGAAACCUCAAGUACCUAGAUUUGAGCUACAAUCAAAUAUGGCCGCCUGUGCCAGCAGGCCUCUUCUCGAUGCCAGAGUUGAAGGGCAUGCUGCUAGGCAACAACUGGUUGACCAAUCAGACGGUGCCCAACAUGGCCAAGGCGCCCGCCUCUUUGAACAUGGUGUCGCUGCGCACCGUGGGGGCGACUGUGGACAACACUUCCAAAGCCGGCAAGGCUACUCUUGAUCGGCCAGAGGCUGCCUGCUCGACCUCUCUUUCCCUCUCCCCACCCUCCUCCCCCUCUUCUCCCCCUCUCCACCUGUGUCUUCCUUUCCCGCCCCCAACCCCCACCAGGCUUUACGGCAACCCACAGAUUUGUAACGUAGCCACGGGCAGCCCGCUCAACCUGUCAUCCACCAGCGGCCAGUUCAACAACUCGUGCAAGUGGACCCACACGCCCUUCUGCCUCAACCAGCGCUGCCUCCCCACGCAGUACAUCAACCGCCCCACCUUCCUCAACGCCUACCCCCCCUCCAACUGCAUCUACGGGCAAGGCCCCAUGACCGCCCCGCUCUUCCCUUCUGACCCAACUGCCGCAGCAGCAGCUGCUGCCUCUGCCACUGCUGAGUCUUUCACCCAAGCGUCUUCUCCCAGCUCGCUACUCCCUCCUGGCAGUGCCGGUCCACCCGAUGCGGCUCCUGAUGCUCUUGGUGGUGAUCGUGCUGGCGGCCGUGGCGGUGGUGGUGGGCCAGCAGCGGCGCCUGCGGGUGAUGUAGCGGUGCCGACGGGGCCGGGGGCGUGUGUGUGUGCGGGGAGCAAUCAGUUCUACGAGUUUGACCUGCUGUGCGCCAACAGCAAGAUCCAGGCGUGGACGGAUGAGUACUCGCAGCUUGUCUCUCAGAAGGUGUCUGAAGCGUUCGCCUAUAAGCUGAAGAGAUGCAUCAAUCCGGAGCAGGUGAGAGAGUGGGAGCAGGUGAGAGAGUGGGAGCAGGUGAGAGGGAGGGAGGGGGAGGGAGGGGGUUUGAGGCGCAUUUCCUUAAGUGCUUCCUCAAACACGCACUCACUUUCUCAAUCACUCGUUCCUUUGCCAUCCCCAACGCUGUUGGCUGCUGCACAGGUGUGGGUGUGGCACGCGUACGUGAGUGGGUGCUGCCUGGACAGCAGCGGCGCACCGCUGUUUGACAUGCGGCUGUACGUGGUGCUGUUGGUGUGGUUGUGGCACGCGUAUGUGAGCACCUGGCGGCUGGACAGCAGUGGCGCACCUCUGUUUGACAUGCGGCUGUACGUGGUGCUGUUUGAGAACCUCACGAGGGACGAGGAGAUCACGUCUGUCAUCAUGCAGUCUGUCAUCGUGCAGUCUGUCAUCAUGCAGUCUGUCAUCAUGCAGUCUGUCAUCAUGCAGUCUGUCAUCAUGCAGUCUGUCAUCAUGCAGUCUGUCAUCAUGCAGUCUGUCAUCAUGCAGUCUGUCAUCAUGCAGUCUGUCAUCAUGCAGUCUGUCAUCAUGCAGUCUGUCAUCAUGCAGUCUGUCAUCAUGCAGUCUGUCAUCAUGCAGUCUGUCAUCCUGCAGUCUGUCAUCGUGCAGUCUGUCAUCAUGCAGUCUGUCAUCAUGCAGUCUGUCAUCAUGCAGUCUGUCAUCAUGCAGUCUGUCAUCGUGCAGUCUGUCAUCAUGCAGUCUGUCAUCGUGCAGUCUGUCAUCAUGCAGUCUGUCAUCGUGCAGUCUGUCAUCAUGCAGUCUGUCAUCAUGCAGUCUGUCAUCAUGCAGUCUGUCAUCAUGCAGUCUGUCAUCAUGCAGUCUGUCAUCAUGCAGUCUGUCAUCAUGCAGUCUGUCAUCAUGCAGUCUGUCAUCAUGCAGUCUGUCAUCAUGCAGUCUGUCAUCAUGCAGUCUGUCAUCAUGCAGUCUGUCAUCAUGCAGUCUGUCAUCAUGCAGUCUGUCAUCAUGCAGUCUGUCAUCAUGCAGUCUGUCAUCAUGCAGUCUGUCAUCAUGCAGUCUGUCAUCAUGCAGUCUGUCAUCAUGCAGUCUGUCAUCAUGCAGUCUGUGAUCGUGCAGUCUGUCAUCGUGCAGUCUGUCAUCAUGCAGUCUGUCAUCAUGCAGUCUGUCAUCGUGCAGUCUGUCAUCAUGCAGUCUGUCAUCAUGCAGUCUGUCAUCAUGCAGUCUGUCAUCAUGCAGUCUGUCAUCAUGCAGUCUGUCAUCAUGCAGUCUGUCAUCAUGCAGUCUGUCAUCACGCAGUCUGUCAGCACGCAGUCUGUCAUCAUGCAGUCUGUCAUCGUGCAGUCUGUCAUCAUGCAGUCUGUCAUCGUGCAGUCUGUCAUCGUGCAGUCUGUCAUCGUGCAGUCUGUCAUCGUGCAGUCUGUCAUCAUGCAGUCUGUCAUCAUGCAGUCUGUCAUCAUGCAGUCUGUCAUCAUGCAGUCUGUCAUCAUGCAGUCUGUCAUCAUGCAGUCUGUCAUCUUGCAGUCUGUCAUCAUGCAGUCUGUCAUCAUGCAGUCUGUCAUCAUGCAGUCUGUCAUCACGCAGUCUGUCAUCACGCAGUCUGUCAUCAUGCAGUCUGUCAUCGUGCAGUCUGUCAUCGUGCAGUCUGUCAUCGUGCAGUCUGUCAUCAUGCAGUCUGUCAUCAUGCAGUCUGUCAUCGUGCAGUCUGUCAUCGUGCAGUCUGUCAUCGUGCAGUCUGCAUCUGUCAUCGUGCAGUCUGUCAUGGUGCAGUCUGUCAUCAUGCAGUCUGUCAUCAUGCAGUCUGUCAUCAUGCAGUCUGUCAUCAUGCAGUCUGUCAUCGUGCAGUCUGUCAUCAUGCAGUCUGUCAUCGUGCAGUCUGUCAUCGUGCAGUCUGUCAUCGUGCAGUCUGUCAUCGUGCAGUCUGUCAUCAUGCAGUCUGUCAUCAUGCAGUCUGUCAUCAUGCAGUCUGUCAUCAUGCAGUCUGUCAUCAUGCAGUCUGUCAUCAUGCAGUCUGUCAUCAUGCAGUCUGUCAUCAUGCAGUCUGUCAUCAUGCAGUCUGUCAUCAUGCAGUCUGUCAUCAUGCAGUCUGUCAUCAUGCAGUCUGUCAUCAUGCAGUCUGUCAUCGUGCAGUCUGUCAUCGUGCAGUCUGUCAUCGUGCAGUCUGUCAUCGUGCAGUCUGUCAUCAUGCAGUCUGUCAUCAUGCAGUCUGUCAUCAUGCAGUCUGUCAUCAUGCAGUCUGUCAUUAUGCAGUCUGUCAUCGUGCAGUCUGUCAUCGUGCAGUCUGUCAUCGUGCAGUCUGUCAUCAUGGAGUCUGUCAUCAUGCAGUCUGUCAUCGUGCAAUCUGUCAUCAUGCAGUCUGUCAUCGUGCAGUCUGUCAUCGUGCAGUCUGUCAUCGUGCAGUCUGUCAUCAUGCAGUCUGUCAUCAUGCAGUCUGUAAUCGUGCAGUCUGUCAUCAUGCAGUCUGUAAUCGUGCAGUCUGUCAUCAUGCAGUCUGUCAUCGUGCAGUCUGUCAUCAUGCAGUCUGUCAUCGUGCAGUCUGUCAUCAUGCAGUCUGUCAUCAUGCAGUCUGUCAUCGUGCAGUCUGUCAUCAUGCAGUCUGUCAUCAUGCAGUCUGUCAUCGUGCAGUCUGUCAUCAUGCAGUCUGUCAUCGUGCAGUCUGUCAUCAUGCAGUCUGUCAUCAUGCAGUCUGUCAUCGUGCAGUCUGUCAUCGUGCAGUCUGUCAUCGUGCAGUCUGUCAUCAUGCAGUCUGUCAUCAUGCAGUCUGUCAUCGUGCAGUCUGUCAUCAUGCAGUCUGUAAUCGUGCAGUCUGUCAUCAUGCAGUCUGUCAUCAUGCAGUCUGUCAUCGUGCAGUCUGUCAUCAUGCAGUCUGUCAUCAUGCAGUCUGUCAUCAUGCAGUCUGUCAUCAUGCAGUCUGUCAUCGUGCAGUCUGUCAUCAUGCAGUCUGUCAUCAUGCAGUCUGUCAUCAUGCAGUCUGUCAUCAUGCAGUCUGUCAUCAUGCAGUCUGUCAUCAUGCAGUCUGUCAUCAUGCAGUCUGUCAUCAUGCAGUCUGUCAUCAUGCAGUCUGUCAUCAUGCAGUCUGUCAUCAUGCAGUCUGUCAUCGUGCAGUCUGUCAUCAUGCAGUCUGUCAUCGUGCAGAACAGCGACCUUCUGGGCGAACGCAAGUUGGGGGUGCUCAAGCGCCUGGCACCCUUCCCGGAAAGGAACAACACCGCCCCACCAGCUGCGCCUCCCCCAGAUGAGCCCUCCUCGUCGUCCUACACCACCGUCAUCAUUGCCGUGGUGGUCGUGGUGCUCGCCGUGCUCUUUGGCGUUGGCGUUGCCUACUUUUACUUCUUCGUCCGCAACCGACACACAAAGUUGGCAUCCAUAUCAGGCUCUGGUUUCCUGGGCAACCAGGCGCUCUCCUCGUCCUUUGGCUGGGCGCUGCAGCAGCGCUUCGUGCAGGUCUACUCGCUCAAGGAGGUGGCAGCAGCGACGAACAACUGGGACGAGGAGAGGGUGCUGGGGCAGGGCGGGUACGGGCGGGUGUACCUGGGGGAGGGCGCUCAUGGCGUGCAGUGGGCGGUUAAGAGGCUCGAGGCGAGAUCCACAGCGAAGGGUCUUGAGGAUUUCAGGAAUGAGGUGGAGCUGAUCUCGCAGACCAACCACCGCAACCUGGUGAAGCUGCUGGGCUUCUGCGACGACCAGGGCGAGCAGAUCCUGGUGUACGAGUUUGUGCCGAAUGGGAACCUGCGGCAACACCUGCGCCCGUCCAAAGCCGCCUUGGAGCACUCUGACGCGCACAAGCUAGAGCUCACCUUCCUGCAGCGCGUGGACGUGGCAGUGGGGGCGGCCGAGGGGCUGCGAUACCUGCACAACUUCACCACUCCGCCCCCCUUUUCCCUUUUUACCCCAUCUCCUCUUGUCCGCGUUUCCUCACCAUCUCCCUCUCAUCGUCUCCCCAUCAUACCCGCAUCUCCUCUCCCCCUCUCUCCCAUUGUUCCCUCAUUCACGGUGCCUCCCAUCCCUCCAGCCGCCUUGGAGCACCCCGACGCGCACAAGCUAGGGCUGACCUUCCUGCAGCGCGUGGACGUGGCAGUGGGGGCGGCCGAGGGGCUGCGAUACCUGCACAACUUCACCACGCCCUCCGUGGUGCACCGCGACGUGAAGAGCGAAAACAUCCUGCUCGACGAGAACAUGCAGGUCUGUCAUCUCAUCGCCUCCCUCCUCCUGCCUGCUUGCCUGCCUGGUUGUGUUGUGGGUCUGUCCGCCUGCCUGUCCAUGCGCCCUUCCGAUCACCACGCCCUCUGUAAUGCACCGCGGCGUGAAGAGCGAAAACGUUCUGCUGGACAAGGGCAUGCAGGUGAGCUGUUGGGGCAUGCAGGUGAGCUGUUGGGACAUGCAGGUGAGCUGUUGGGACAUGCAGGUGAGCUGUUGGGACAUGCAGGUGAGCUGUUGGGACAUGCAGGUGAGCUGUUGGGACAUGCAGGUGAGCUGUUGGGACCUGCAGGUGAGCUGUUGGGACAUGCAGGUGAGCUGUUGGGGCAUGCAGGUGAGCUGUUGGGACCUGCAGGUGAGCUGUUGGGACAUGCAGGUGAGCUGUUGGGGCAUGCAGGUGAGCUGUUAGGACAUGCAGGUGAGCUGUUGGGACAUGCAGGUGAGCUGUUGGGACAUGCAGGUGAGCUGUUGGGACAUGCAGGUGAGCUGUUGGGACAUGCAGGUGAGCUGUUGGGACCUGCAGGUGAGCUGUUGGGACAUGCAGGUGAGCUGUUGGGACAUGCAGGUGAGCUGUUGGGACCUGCAGGUGAGCUGUUGGGACAUGCAGGUGAGCUGUUGGGACCUGCAGGUGAGCUGUUGGGACAUGCAGCCCAAGGUGGCGGAUUUUGGGUUCUUCAAGAACAUGGUGGGCGGGGCGAGUGGCGGCAGGCAGGGAGGGUGUGUGGGUCAGUGAAGCCUGCUCAUCUUCCCACCCUUACCGCUGCUUGUGUCUUCCCUCCCAAGGUGGCGGAUUUUGGGUUCUUCAAGAACAUGGUGGACGGGGCGGGUGGUGGCAAGGGGAGGCCUUCCUUUGUCACUGAACCCAAGGUGGCGGAUUUUGGGUUCUUCAAGAACAUGGUGGACGGGGCGAGUGGCGGCAAGGAGGGCUUGUACUCCUCUCCUCCUUGCUUCGCAGCUGCGGAGGGUGCUGUGGGAGGUGAUCACAGGGGGAUAAUGGCUCACUUACCUAUCUCCGGUUUCUCUUUCCCCCUCUCCCUUCCCCUGUUUCUGUGGCCUACCGUGCCUUCCAUGCAGCUUCGGAGUGGUGCUGUGGGAGCUGAUUACGGGCAAGUCGCCAAUUCUAUAGCUUCGGGAUGUUUCGGAGUGGUGUUGUGGGAGCUCAUAACGGGCAAAUCGCCCAUCCUAGAGGUGGAGGACCCCGACUCAGGCCCAGGCGAUGGGCCCUGCUUCAUGCAGCUGCCCAUCUGGGCGAUCAUGUACCUGAAGAAGGGCAACCUAGAAGAGAUUGUGGACCUUCUAGGCCAUCAUGUAUCUGAAGCUCCUUUAACCCGUCCCUUGCCCCUCCACUUUCCCCCUGUCCCCCCACCUCCCCUUCCGGCUUCCUCCCCUUGCCAGGCGAUCAUGUACCUCAAAAAAGGCAACGUAGAGGAGAUAGUGGACCCGGCAUUUAAGGGCGACUACGACAAAGAAGCCAUUAAAGCCAUGGCGGAGAUAGCCGACAAGUGCACUAGAGACAAGGCGCGCCACCGCCCCGAGAUGACCGACGCGCUGACGUGGCUGGUGGAGAUCCAACGGCGCCUCAAGCGCGAGAGCGACCCCAGCUAUGUAUCUGAGCCGUCCACUCCCGUGGCGGGGAGCAGGGGAGGAGGAGGGGGAGGGGAUGCGGUGCUGGAGCUGGUUGGCGUUGGGGGGGCAGACUCGCUAGCACUGCACUCGACAACACACCAGCCGCCCAUCUCCACCAACUUCGCGGGGCGGGUCCGGGCUUGCGCGGAGCGGCUGUGUCAGCUGCCGGACACGUCACUCGAGGAGAUCGAGGCCACGUCAGCACAGCUGAGGCGGCUGCUGGAGGAGGGAUGCGACGAGGGAUGCGCAAGUUCGCGGAAACCAGCAGCAGAAGAGGGAGAGACAGGGGAAGCAGCACGAGCAGGAGGAGCAGGAGUGGAGGGCCCCGAGGCGCGUGCUGCCGUGAAUGGCGGUGCGGAUGCUGCUGGAAAGGACUCGGAAAGCGAAGGCUGUUCCGCUCGUGCUGGUGCGGAUGAGCAGAGUCGGGAGCCCGCCGUGCAAAGAAUCGAGCGUUUCUUCACCUCUUUUUUCUCCUCGUAUCGGCCCAACAAACCCCCUGACAUGCCGCAGCACCUCUCCCUCUCCUUCCAUCCAUCCAUGUACCCCUCAGGAACAUACCCUGCCAUCAUGCCCCCAUCCCACCCCAUCCCAUCUCUGUCCUCACCCGCUCCCGUCUUCAUUUACCCCCUUUCAUUACACACCCCUCCACAACCAUCAACCCUCCUCUCAUCCCUUUCCUCCCUCUCAACCCAUUCCGCUUUCCAACCUCCCCCGCUCUUUCCUCUGUUUGAGACGACCCUUCAUUUCCCCCCCACACCCUCCAUUCGUCCAUCAGCAAUGUCUCCUCCUCCGCCCUACCUCAUGGGAUGCAUGCCACCCACCACCAUGCCACCCACCACCAUGCCACCCACCACCAUGCCACCCACCACCAUGCCACCCACCACCAUGCCACCCACCACCAUGCCACCCACCACCAUGCCACCCACCACCAUGCCACCCACCACCAUGCCACCCACCACCAUGCCACCCACCAUGCCACCCACCACCAUGCCACCCACCACCAUGCCACCCACCAUGCCACCCACCAUGCCACCCACCAUGCCGCCCACCACCAUGCCACCCACCAUGCCGCCCACCAUGCCACACCUCACCUCAUCACGCCCCAAUUGCCAACAAUCCUCCUCCAUUCUCCCCCCCCCCGCCCUCCUCUCCCAUCCCCACCCACCAGGUGUCUCUCCUCAUCGACCGGGCAUCGUGGGACAUCCUCCGCUUCCUCUCCUCGCCUCUCCCCUCCUCCCUCCCCUUCUCCUCCUCCCCUCUCUCCUCCCCUCCCUCCUCUCCCCCUCCCUCCCCUCCUUCCUCGCCCUCCUCCACACCAUCACCAUCCCACAUACCACCUGCACCAGCCGACGCCUCCCCGUGCUGCUGUGCGCUGGCGUGCCGGGCGGUGGGGGAGGUGGCAUCUGGGGCGGUCAGUGUGCUUGCCUUCCCUCCGCUUUCCACCCGUUUUUCUAUCUAACUAAUAUUAUUUUCGCUUUCUUUGUGUUUCUCCUCGUCGCUCCCAUCUCUGCUCUCUUCACAUCUCGUCCCUUCCUCUACACCUGCAACCCCUCGCCAAACCCCUUCCGCCCCUCUCCCUCCCUCCCGGUCUUCGCAGCUCUCUCGCGAAUCCCCCGCCAGCGCCAUCGGUUCUUUCGUCAUCGCUUCUUUAUCGACUUGGUGCCGCUUCUCCUGCACCUUGUCCAGCGGGCCUCUCACUGUGCCGUGCUGCCACCUCGCCACACACUGCUGCCAACACCACCAACACCACCAACACCGCCGCACACACUCUCCUCCCUUCCCCCCUGCACCUCCGCCUCUCAAACUCCUAUCUCCACUCCUUUUCUCCCCUCGCUCUCCCCUCUGUCUGCUGAAAUCUUCCUUCCCCCGCCCCCUCCCAGCCCCUUCCCCUCACGUGCCUCCGCCCUGCGCGUCUCCUCCUUCUCCGUGUCGCCCUCGCUUCCCACUCCUCCCAUCACCGCACCAGGGGCACCACCACCGCACUCUACCCCUCUCAUUGCACCAGCACCGCAGCCUACCCUUCCCAUCACACCACUUGUGCAAGCCAACCCCCCUAUCGCACUGCCUGCUCCCUCCACCCCUCCCUUUCCUCCUGGCACCCGCUCCAUGAUCCCCCCAUCACCUCACGCAUCUCCUCCCAUCCCACCUCCCAACCCCACCGCACCUGCUCCCAUCCCUCAACCCCCUCACACCCCCACCCCUCCUUUCCCUCCUGGCACUCACUCCAUCAUCCCAGACCUCUUUGAAACUCCCAGCAGCAGCACGGAGGCAGCAUGGUUGGUGUGCCAUCGCUGCAUGCACCUCGUUCUCACUGCAGUCACGCGCUCUAUAGUCCCACCCGUCCCAGCAACUGCCGCUGCAGCUGCAAGCACCGACAUAUCCUCUCACCCGCAAAUCUCCCCCCAGCUACUGCUGGCGGCCCAGACAGCCACGCUGCUGCUGCUCCUCUCCCUCUCCCGCUGCUCCGCCUUCCUCCUCUCCAUCCUCUCCUCCCAUCCCCAACCCCCCUCCGCUCUCCCCUCAAAACUCUCGCCCCCUUCACCUGCCUCAGACCCAGCACCCUUUCCUGCACCUUUCCCUGCACCCCCCUUCCCCCUCAUCUUCCCCGUGCUCAGCGCCCUGGCUGCUCUCCACUGCCACCUCGGUGCCUUGUGGCCACUCAUUCCAGGGGAGAGCGCAGCUGAAUACACGCCUAGAAGCAUGGGCACAGGCAGCAGCAGUAGCAGCAGCAGCAGCAGCAGCAGAGCAGGUGCAAUCGGUGGUGCUGAGAGCACAGAAGGUGGUGCUGCCAGUGCCACAGCACACUCUCUCCUCCCCUCUGUGGACCUUCUCUCCCUCACUGUGUGCCGCUCCUCCUGCCAACUUCACGACAAUACAGCUGCUGCCGCACCUGCACCUGCUGGUGCUGCUGCUGCUGCAGCUCGUGCGGAUGGGGCUUUGGGCGGCAAUGCUUGGCUGGGAGCGGUGAAGGCUCUUCUGAGGCCAGAUGAGGAGGAAGAAGAAGAGGAGGAGGAGGAAGAGGAGGAUGAGGAGGAUGAGGAGGAGGGAGAGGGUGGUAGAGCAAGCAGAGAAGAGAAGAAGAGGAGAGAAGCGGAGAGGUUGAAGAGAGAAGAGGAGUGGUUAGGUGCGGUGCAAAGGGAGGUGGAGGGGGGAGUGGCGGUGCUGCUGCUAUGGGCGCUUCUCCAAGCUGCAAAGCCUCACCCUACCACCUGCACCAGCAGCAGCACCCUUCCCGUCGACCGCACCACUCUCAUCACACUGCUCCGCUUUGCUCCUUGCCUCCUUGCUGCUGGCUCUCCAGGUGGUGUUGCAGGGAGAAGAGGAGUGGGAGACGUUGUGUUGAGAAGGGUUGCUGGCAUACGAUUGGUUCAUGCUGCUCUGUAUGCUUGCACCUCCUCUUGCACUGAGAAAAACGACUCACACUCCCCCCCUUCUCCCACACACUCUCAACCACGAUCGCUGACAGACAAACACCAAUUUGCUGACAAUAACGACUCCAUUGCUGUAGAAACAGUGACACGUGUGGCGUCGUCAUUGGCUGGCGUGAUGAUGUCAGCGGUCGGCUCAUCUGCGCUGCGCCGGGCGGCACACCGCGCCAUGCUGGCAGUGCUGCGGGCGGCGAUGACAGAUGGGGAGCGUCUGGAGUGCAGCGACAGACUGGGAGAGGUUGGAGUACAAAGAAGAGAGCAUGCUGGUGAGUACAGUGCGGUGGAGUAUGGUGCAGAGGCAUGGCAGGGGCACCCCAUGCCUCUCUUCUCUCUUCCACGUCUCCUCACCCUCCCGUUCCCGCACUUCCGCAGCCCCCUUCGCCCAGCCCCCUUCGCCCAGCCCCCUUCGACUUGCAUUUCUCACUUCUCAUCUCACCCAUCUCCUUUCCCCUUCUGUUCCUCUCCCCCCACCGCCUUCUCAUCCCCACCUUCCCCACUCACCCCCCACCAGGUGGCUCUGCUCGUGUCAUUCGCCAAGGACGAAGUGGACCGAGCAUGGCCUCGCUUGCUGCACCUAGCACCAUCCACGUCAGCACCACCAUCCACAUCAGCACAACCAUCCACGUCAGCACCACCAUCCACGUCAGCACCACCAUCCACGUCAGCUCCAGCUUCACCGCCAUCAAAAUCAUCCGCAAGCACUCCUCCCAACCACCCCCUCUCUCCUCCCCCUCUACCCGCCUUCGCCUCGCCAGCCAUCCUCUCCCUGCUAGACCUUCUCCUUGACCCCUCUGCUUCCUCUCCCGCGCCACCCUUGACCUUCCGCCUGCCGGAUCACUCAGACGCCCUCAUUGCAGCGCUCAACCUCCUGCGCUUCCUGCUCCUCAGAGAGCAGCAAACAGUGCCCAGCUCCACUGCCUCUCCUGUGACUCCCACAGAAUCCACGGAGCCGCAACCACCAACCGCACUCCUCUCCCCCACCCCCCUAAUCUCGCCUCUCCCCCUGCCCUCCCCCACAUCCCUCCGCACAAAGCCCAGCCUGCUUCGCGCACGCAACUGCUGGCUCCUGCCUCUGCGCUCCGCCGCUCUCGCCGCGCGGGCAUCCCUCGAAUCCAGGAGACCACGGGUCAUGGGUGGUAGGGAAGGGACUGGAUGCGGACAUGAGGACGAAGAAGGGGCGAGUGGAGAGGAGGAGGAUGGGGUGGGUGGGGAGGAGGAGGAGGGGGAGGAGGAGAUGGAUGAGCAGGCAUGGGUGCGGGAGUGGAUGGGAGUGGAGACGGUGCUGUCGCUCGUGGCCCGAUGCCUGGAGCUCGUGGAGGCAGACCAAGGCGUGUAG